GGAUGCGAGUGGUGUUGUCGCGGAUCUCACAACUUGCUGGAUAGCUAAAACCCUAAACCCUGGCCUGGGAUGCUGCCCUGUCUGGAGCAUCGCGAUUGACGCUCAGCGCAUUUUGGAUUCAGGUAGCUCGCAACCAUGGGGGACGUUCAGCAUGAGGAACCUGUGACGGAGCUCGAGAAAAAAAUCGGCGAAGAGGUCGACGGAGAUGAUUUCCUGGAAGACGAUAGCGGUGAUGAAGAUGAAGGCAAUGAUCUUGGUCCAUCGACAUCCUGGUCCAUCGAGAUGAUGGAGGAGACCGAGAUUGCGAUGUUAAAGGAGCAUUCCGGCAUGGGAAUUGCCAACUCAGUUUCAACUUCGGUUAGGGACAGUAUGCGGCGACAAGCCGAAGGCAAAAUACAUGUGAAGGGGAAAGAAGACAGAGCCACCGUGGAACAGGCCCUUGAUCCUAGGACGCGAAUGGUCUUAUUUAAGAUGCUGAAUCGUGGAGUGUUCAAGGAGCUUAAUGGAUGCAUUUCGACUGGAAAAGAGGCCAAUGUUUAUCAUGCAACCACCUCCUCAGGAGAGGAACUAGCUGUGAAAGUCUACAAAACCUCUAUCCUUGUUUUUAAGGAUCGAGAGAGAUAUGUGCAAGGAGAUUUUAGAUUUCGACAUGGGUAUAGCAAACACAAUCCCCGAAAGAUGGUCAAGACCUGGGCUGAGAAGGAGAUGCGUAAUUUAAAUAGAUUAAAUACUGCUGGAAUUUUGAGCCCAACUCCCGUUCUUCUUCGGUUACACGUGCUUGUUAUGACCUUUAUUGGAAAAGAGGGUUGGGCUGCUCCACGUCUGAAGGACGCUGUCCUGUCUGAAUCUAAAAUGAGGGAAUGUUAUUUUGAAAUGGUAUUGACGAUGCGUAAAAUGUAUCAAGUAUGUAAGCUCGUACAUGGAGACUUGAGUGAAUACAACAUACUUUAUCAUGAGGGUCAUCUAUACAUCAUUGAUGUCUCACAAUCUGUUGAAUUGGACCAUCCCCGUGCUUUGGAUUUUCUAAGGGAAGACUGCUUACACGUAUCGGACUUUUUCAAGAAAAACGGUGUCGGAGUGAUGAGUACUAGGGAGCUAUUUGACUUUUGUGUGGAUCCAACUCUUGCUGAAGACCAAAUUGAUGAUUAUCUUGCGAAGAUCCAAGAGAAAAUUGAGAACAGGUCAUCAGAACAGACAGCUGAGGAGCAGGUUGCCGAGGCCGUCUUUAUUCAGUCGUUCAUUCCGAAAUCUCUGGACCAAGUCGAAGACUACGAAAGAGACCAGGAGCGAAUGAAAAGCGGCCAGGACACUGAGGGGAUCUACUACCAAACCAUUACUGGUCUGAAAGAGGACCUUUCAGGAGUUCGGUUAUCAUCAGAUAACGUGGCCCGUGCUGAAGAUGUCAAAAAGGUGUCUGCAAGUGAAGUUGUCAGCGACGACGGAGGUGACGGUGAACUCAGUAAAGAUGCUGAAAAAACUGCUAAACCUCAUGGUGCUCAACAUCUUGAUACCAGUCGAUCCCACAGCGGUGUCGAAGCUGCUGAAGCAGGUGUUAAGGAUAUUGCAAGAUCGGCUGAGAAUCAGGCAGAGGUUGCCAUCGACCUGACAAUAGGUGAAGUCCAGAAUGAUGAGGAGGACGAUGAUGAAGCUACAGAAAAUACCGAUGAUGAAGGUGAUAGUGAUGAUGAAGAUGCGGCGGAUGGUACUGCUCCCAGAGACCCAAAGAAAGAGGCUGCACGUUUAGCUAGGAAAGAACACAAAAAGAAAGUUAAGGCUGAGAAACGUGAGGCACGAAAAACCAAACUUCCAAAAGCAUUGAAAAAGAAGAAAAAGAAAUUGGCUAAAGCUAAAUGUACGAGGUAGACUAUUGUAAUUCAUUUUAAUGCAAUUUUUAAGGAUAACUAUCAGGCAUAUUCUUUAUUUCU